AGGAUGGAAUGUUAAGAGAAGCACACUGCCAACGUGCACUAUUAAGGGCCCUAGAAAUCUGUUUUACGAAGUAAUAUAAAAUAUGGAAUCAGCACCGACCACCUCCAAACUCAUCUAUAAAAUGUCUGAUGAGGACAUCACAAAACUGAUCCAGCUGCGAUCCAGCAACUCAGCGCUUUUUGAUGGGAGGAAAAAUUCAUCCAAAACAGCGUGGAGUGCAAUACUCAGAGAAAUGGGGCUUGACGAGAGGAUGACAACAGAGCAGAUGGCCAAAAAGUGGGAAAACCUGAAGGCGAGAUAUAAGGAUGCAAGGUAUCCCCCCUCUGGCGUUGAGAAGAACCCCACCUGCUGGAAAUGGUUCAAUCUCAUGGAUGAUGCUUUGGGGAAAGAGUUUGAUGAUAAAAUCAGCCAGCAAGUGAUCGCAUCAGAACCUGAAAAUAAUACAACACCUCAUACGGGUAAGAGGUUACGACAGAUUAAAGUCGGAGGUGAAAUUUUGGAGUAUCUGGAAGAGGAAGGAUCAUCAGUGAACAUACCACCACCAUCCAGAACACACAAACCAGGAACACAAAAGGGCAAGCAGCUCAUAACAGAAGGUCAUUCGCUGGAUAUCAUGAGAUCCAGACUUCAAAGAGAAAGACAGCUUUUAGAGAAGGAAUUAGGGGGUCUAGACAGAGAAAAGGCCCUGUUGGAGCGGGAAAGGGCCCUUGCGGCACGAGAAAGAGCGGCUCUUCAGCGGGACAGAGUCCAGGUGGAGAAGGACAGAGCAGCGGUCAAUAGAGACAAGGCAUCACUGGAACAGGACAGAGCCCGACUGCAGAAAGACAGAGAAGCUUUGGUGAACGACAGAGCGGCCCUCGAAAGAAACAGAAGGUCGACGGAUUUCACAAAUCACGUGAAAAGCAGUUCAAGCUGCAAUGGACUGGACUGUCCUCAUGAGAAGAACAGAGAAAAGUUAAUAAUCUUACUCGAGAGGGUGAUUGAAAAAAUUUGAAGACAGAAACUGUCACAGGUCUAAAGUCUGAAGAUACAGUUUAAUGUGUCGUUUUUGUGUAUAUUAAAAUAAUUGUUGUUACAUAUUUUUAGUAUUUUUCACUCCAGAUUUGGUCACAUUCGGUGAGUGGAUUUUAAUUGUUGCAAGCAUCGACAGAAUCCACAUGGUCACUUAAAUAAAAUGUGUUUCAGACUUGUUUACUGCUGUAUAAAGGCUGAAAGGUGGAGUGUUAUUUGUGAAUUAAUGUAAUAUAUCAGUGUCUGUAUGUAAAGUGUACCUUUUUUGUCAUAAAAUAAAUGUCAAAACACAAGAAA